AUGGAGCUCGCGCGGUCGGAAGAGACACUGGGUGCGCUCCUCCCGAUCGCAGUCUACUGGACCUACUCAGCCUUGUACGUUCUUCUGGGGAGUCUUUCUCUUGAUAAGUACCGGUUGCACCCCAGAGGAGACGAAGCUAAGAACAUCGUCUCCAGAGCCACAGUCGUCAAAGGAGUUCUCAUCCAGCAGGCUUUCCAGGUCGUCGUAGCCCUCGGAUUAUUCACGGUAAGUAUCCCCUGUUUCUGGUAGAAUAAUCCCAUAUCGGUUAAACCAACCAUCACAGAAUCUUCCUCCCCUUCCACUUGAAAACGAGCUUUCGUCCAAAGAAGGCUCAAAUCUCAUAGCCUCCCCUUUUCCGUUAUGCAUGUGAGGACACCACCCACCAGGCUGGCUUCACGUCUACGAUGCCACCUUCCAACUCAUAAUGGCACCCUCCCUUCCCAUGUGGGUCCUGGCCUCCUUCCUAGAAACCCUCGCUUCAAUGGCGACUUCUCUCCACCGUGUUGAAUCCGUCCGACGAUCUGGAAGAUUCAUUGAAUAUCUCUCACCGGAUUGGUUUCCAUCUGGAGAAACGCAUCAAAAAAGUGAUAUUAUAUCUGAACUCGACGAUUAGAUCCAAGUCAAUUUCCUAGAAACGAUGCUUGGGUCCGACCUACGAAUUAUUAUUUUACAAGGUACGAACCCAGAGUAGCCGUCAGGAGAAAUCCGAGAAAUAAACUUAUGAAGCCCCUCUCUAUCCAAUCCGACCAUCAAUAAUGGACCUCACCUAAGAGAGAGGGGGGAGAGCAGGAGAGAUGGAUGCCCUGAUGAUGAUCAUAUGACCGCCACGUGGGGAGGGAAAGUGGCUUUAGGUACUUGGAUCAGAUCCUCCCUGCAGCCCAGAUCUGAUAGAAACGGUCGGACAUAUCUAGUCAUGCUAAGCUUGAAUAAAUAAGGAGAAUCGGGCCAGACUCUAGACUUAGCCUGAGCUUUGAUACGCUAUCAUUUCAUUUAAUUAUAGGCGUCCGGAAAUGAGCCAUUUUUAGGAGCUACUCGUCCUUUUGAAUGGUUCUCUGUGCUUGAGAGAUAAUACCCCAAUGGUUUACCUCAUUCAUUUCAGAGUUCAGUUUUGAAGCCCUCCUCUAUGCCUCUGCCCCUUUUCAAGGUUCAUUCUUCCCAUGUUCGUUCGAAUUUGGGAUCCAACAUUGGAAAUUGAUCCGAAGCAGUACUAUAUUUCCAGACUCAUAUGCAGAAAUGGCAAGCUCCUUGUCAUGGACAACAUGUUCCAUGUGUGUAGUAUAAACCCCCAGGUCAGACCACGUAGAAGAAUCUGAAAAGGCUUCCUGUCAGACCCAUGAAACCCGGGAACGACCAUGGUUCUGGGGCCUUGGCUGGACGGUCCAACACAUCGGAAAUUAUCAAUAAGAAGCGCUAUGCAUCUUGGCGUCAUGCGUAGGGCUCCCUUGGCAAUUGAAUUCUACCAUGGUUGUGCAGUUUGUGAGAAACGAUGGCCAGGCCACCAAGAGGGCCCAACCCUCCGUCAUUGGAGCAGUGGGUCAAUGGGUCGUGGCUAUGGGCGUCCUCGACACGUGGCAAUACUUCAUGCACAGGUACGUGCACGUCAACAAGUUCCUCUACAAGCAUGUCCACUCAAAGCACCAUACCCUCGUCGUUCCGUACUCGUUUGGAGCCCUCUAUAACCACCCCCUGGAGGGCCUGAUCCUCGACACCGUAGGCGGCGCCCUCUCCUUCCUCGCCUCCGGCAUGUCUGCCCGGGACGGCAUCUUCUUCUUCUCCUCUGCUACCAUCAAGACCGUCGACGACCACUGCGGCUUGUGGCUCCCCGGGAACCCCCUCCAUGCGCUAUUCGGCAACAACAGUGCCUACCAUGAUAUCCACCACCAACUCUACGGCAGCAAGUGCAACUUCUCCCAGCCCUUCUUCGUCGCGUGGGAUAGAAUAAUGGGGACCUACAUGCCCUACACUCUGGAGAAGAGGAAGGACUAG